UGCGAGGGAGGCGCAAUUACGUUGUAUAAGAUCGACAGCGUUCUACGCCCAGGUUAUCCAUGCUUAAACUGUGGGUUAUAUCAUACGUCCGUUGUCGUCCCUACUUUGCUGCCAGCCUUUGAUCCAUCUUUGUCGCUGCUGUCUGCUUUUCCGUGCUAGGCUUUGCUUAUCACAAUAUAAAUUCUCGUUCGUGCGCAAGAGUGUGGUAAAACAAUGGUCUUCAGACAUCCUAUGACGCGAGUGAGCCGCCGUCGCGCGCAAUCAUAUUCAUCUGCAUCGAGUGCGUCGACGUCGUCAACUGCAGAUUCGAUCGAUACUCCAACCACCGCUCCCCAGCCUUCUGCUUUACGUAGACGUAGGAAUCAUUCCAUCGGCGAGGCUCUCAUAUCACCAGCGCUCCUCAUAAUGCGCAGCGAAUUAUUUACACCACGAACGCCGCCCCGCCAGAGUACAUACACUUCGUCGUCAGCACUACGUCCACCAUCACCUUCUGACUACGUAUCGCCAAUAUCAGCAUCUAGUAUACCCGAGAUGCAGAGCCCCAUUGAUAUGCCUGCCAUCAUGAUUACCGACGAGCAUGGUCACGAAGAAGUCUACCAUGAUGAUGAAAUUUUCGAGCCAUUCGAAUUGGAUUGCGCGCCAGCUCCUCAGGUGCGAGAACGAAGUCCCCUGAGAGACUCAGCGGAAAGGAGGCGACGAGGGAGAAGUUUGGAGAGAGGAGUGGGAAGAGAGAGGUCGCCGAGUCCUAAUAGAAGGAGAAGGAUCCAAGUCAGUGAGCGUGAGAUCAUCGACCAGUGAAGUCACAAGAGAUUUGUCACGAAUGAGACAUGACCUGUGUGCUUGGAACACAGAAUCAAAGUGAACAAGCAUAUGCAGAGAGGAUCCCCAAGUUCGAGCUUGACAGCCAGGCUGACUAGGAUGGGAGUGAGCGAUCAAAGUUGAAACGUGAAGCUGAU